UUGAAGUGAUGAUUGGUGUCAGGGGGGCUGAAAACUAAGAGGGAGCAAAAUAGAGGAGAGUGAGUGAAAGGGGGAAAGGAAACAUGGUUAGAACACCUUGCUGUGAUAAGAGCGGACUGAGGAAAGGAACCUGGACUCCUGAGGAAGAUAGGAAACUAAAGGCUUAUGUCACCAGAUAUGGCUGCUGGAAUUGGCGCCAACUCCCCAAGUAUGCAGGUCUGGCAAGGUGUGGCAAGAGUUGCCGGCUGAGAUGGAUGAAUUAUCUAAGGCCAAACAUCAAAAGAGGAAACUACACCGAGGAAGAAGAAGAGACUAUCAUCAGAUUACAUGAGUCGCUGGGAAACAGGUGGUCUAUCAUUGCUGCCGAGUUACCUGGAAGAACGGACAAUGAGGUAAAGAACCACUGGCAUACAACUCUCAAGAAGCGCUUUAAACAUAAGCCACCAGUAACAAAAGAUGGGAAAGAAAACAGUCAAGAUCCAGUAGUCAAGCGUGGAACAAGUGCAGAGGAAAAAGAAACAAAGCUAAACAAUCAUGAUCCCCUGAUUAAUCCCACAAGUCCCCCAUUAAUUCUUGAAAGCUCAAUGUCGUCCCCGCAACCAGCCUCAAGCGAUCAAAACUCCUCCAUCACCGCAGAUAACACAGUUGUAUCCAGCAAAGACUCAGUUUCAGAUAAUAAUAAUUAUAACAACAACAAGGCUAAUUUGUUUGAAGCCUACGAGGCAAAUAGUGGAAAUUUCUGGACAGAACCAUUUUUCUCAGACAGUUGUUAUAUGUCAAGUGAUAUGCAGAUGGAUCCUGCAGGCUGUGAAGCUGAGUUUCCAUUUCUUGAUGGAGAAAUCUUAUGCCCGUUUGGUUUCGACGACCAGCUUGAAGGCUUUAACUACUAAUUAAAACAGUAAAACCAGCUUUGUUGGUUUUAUUUUCCCUAUGUUACUUCUUCUCAUGGGUUUUUUGGGCAUUAGUCCUAUAUAUAUAUAUAUAUAAUAUAUAUAUAUAUUAGACGUUGUUUUUGUCUGAAGUAUUUGUGGGGUUGUAAAGAGUUUACUUUCUUUUUUAACAGACAAGUUAAAAAAAAAAAAAGGUGUCUGCUUUUCUGCUUUUGUCGAUAUAUCCGUAGAACUGCAGUACUGCAACGCUAGUUUUGACUAUUCAAAAAAACAAAAAGAAAGGGUCGUAGCCUGAUCACUGAUGGUUCUUUCAGCCUGAUCACUGAUGGUUUGGCUGUCUUGAUUCAUGAACGGGCAAAAUACAAAGGUAAUGACCCGGCAUUCGUACUAAUUAAAACGAAAGAAUUGUUCUUUACUAAUAGAUUUAAUCGUAGUGCAUACAGGUGUACGCCAUAUAACACCAACUCAAAAAAUUAAAUAAACAAAAUAAAAAUC